GCCCUGCCCAUCUGGAAACACUUCUCCCAGCCACUCCAUAAAGGUCUGGGUGUCCUCAAGGGAGGACUUCUGUGGCACAGCUUCUUCCCCAGGACGUGAGAUCCAGCCGCCCACCAUGAGGUUUCUAGUCCUCUCCAGCCUGCUCUGCAUCUUGCUUCUCUGCUUCUCCAUCUUCUCCACAGAAGGAAAGAGGCGUCCUGCCAAGCCCUGGAAAGGCAAGCUCUGCUGCUCCCCAGUUUCUAAUCCUGUUCUGAGUACCCAGAAAGGACACCGUGUGAGAAUCUGCAAGCCAUGCAAGUUGAAGCCCAAGUCCAAUGUUUGGGUAGUACCUGGGGCACUCCCACAGGUGUAAACAGGUGUUUCCAAAACAAGGCUCAGUUCCUGGCCUCCAUCCCCACCUGGCCCCUCCAGCGCUGGUAGUCAAGAUUCUGCCACUGGCACAUGGAAGCUAUAAAUUCAGAGACUCUGAGCCUGCUGGGGUGCAGGAUAAGAGGCAACCCAGAGCAGCUGACCAGCACUGCAGAGGCUCAGUUGUUCUAGAUAUGUCUGGCCUCCAAUCAUUUAUAUCCCAUGGCUCCUGAGGGAAUCCCUUUCUGUCUUUCUUAUGAGACUCA